CCCUCGUCUCUCCGCCUCUCACUCUCUCUCUCUCUCCCCACAUACACACUGGGUUGGCUGUUUCCAUCUCGCUGUGCGUGUUGUGUGUGGCUUGGAGCAGCAGAGGCGGGAUGCGGCGGCGGUAGCGGCUGUGUGCGUUUGUCGCCGGUUCAUCGGACACGACUCCACUCAGAAGUUCGAGUUGAAGAGUUGGGGCCCAUCACCCGCAUCUGCUCCACAGCUGGGUCCCACCCUCCACAUUCCGCUUAUUCUCUGAGCCUGUGGCCAACCAUCUCGGCAGCGACACCCGGCGUUAACAGGUCCCCUGGAUGAGCAAGAGGGUGGGAGGAGAAUUCCAAAGUGGAGCGGGUGGUGCGAGGGAAGACGAGGAAAGAGGAGUGUGGUGGAGUGGAGUGGGAGCGUGGAGUUGGUGGCGGAGCAGCUGCAGCAGCAGGAGGAGGAAGAGAAGAAAAAGAAGAGAGGACCCGGUCCUCUCGCGCCGUCUGCCGGGGUCAGGAGGUCAUCAGCAAUGGCCACGCGGGGCGCCCUCUUGGGCCAGCAGCAGGCCCUCCUGCUGCUGUCCCGGAGGGGACCGUGACUCCGCCGGGCCCGACAUGCCCCGUCAGACCAACGGCGCCGACGCCACCCUCGACGCAGCGCGGGACGCCUCCGGCGGCGCGAGCGACAACGCCAGCGGCGCCGGUCCCCCACCACCGUCGAGUCCCGGCCUCUCGCUGAGCAUGGCCCACCUGGUGAUGAGCGUGGAGGAGCUGGAGGAGCUCGGAGCGACCGAGGAGACCGACUCGCACCGGCGGACGGUCGAAGGAAGGAUCCCCUUCGUCGCCGUUUUCCACCUGAGUCAGGUGAAGAGCGCCCAGGGCUACGUGUUCCUGGACUCGACGCCCAUCCGCGUCCGCGUCACCGAGGUGGAGAAGACGGGGAACUCCAAGAAGAUGGAACGUGCCAACAUGUACACGGUGCGGUUCUCCCACGGCGACUUCUCCUGGGACAUCAAGCGCAAGUACAAGGACUUCCAGCAGCUCCACCACGAGCUGCAGCGCUACCGCGCUCUGCAUCGCAUCCUGGAGCCCGCUCGCAGCCACCUCGAGCGCCGCCGCACGGUGAAACCGAAGCGGGAGGGCGCCGACUCCAAGAUCCCCGAGCUGCCGAGCCGCCUGGAGGGCACGCGGCGAGAGGAUCCGUUCGCGAGGAGGGAGGACUACGUGUCCAGCCGUAAGAAACAAAUCGAGAACUACCUGAGCGGCCUGUUGCAGUACCCCGUCUACAGGAACCACCCGGCCACGCUGGAGUUCUUGGAGGUCAGCGGUCUGUCCUUCAUCGCGGACCUGGGCCCCAAGGGCAUCGAGGGCUACAUUGAGAAGCGAUCGGGCGGCUACAAGAUGCCCGGCUUGCACUGCUGUGGGAAGCGCGAGGUCUGCUUCCGGUGGUCAAAACGGUGGCUGGCGGUGAAGGACUCCUUCGUGCUCUACAUGAAGCUCGACGAGGGGAAGAUCUCAUCGGUGAUGCUCUUCGACUCGGAUUUCGUGGUCAAGAUCGGCCAACAGCACACGGAGGUGCGCAGUGGCGUCGUCAUCCAGAACCUGACCAGGACUCUGACAAUCAAGUGCCCCACGUUCCGCCACGCCAUGUGGUGGGGGAAGUCGCUGCAGCAGUUUGCGGAGACGCACGGCAAGGACUACAUGCAGCCCAACCGAUUUGAAUCGUUCGCUCCGGUCAGGGAGAAGACGCUCGUCAGAUGGUUCGUGAACUCUUCUCAGUAUUUCACGGAGAUGGCUUACGCCCUGGAGGAGGCCAAGGAGGAGAUCUUCAUCACUGACUGGUGGCUGAGUCCCGAGAUAUUCCUGAAGAGGCCGCCAGUGGAGGGAAACUACUGGAGGCUCGACUCGGUGCUGAAGAGGAAAGCCGAGGCCGGCGUGAGGGUCUUUGUGCUGCUCUACAAGGAGGUAGGCUUGGCUCUUGGACUAAACAGCGACUACAGCAAACAGAAGCUCAUGGGACUCCACCCCAACAUUAAGGUGCUUCGCCACCCCGACCACGUGUCCUCUACGGUGCUCUUCUGGGCGCACCACGAGAAGCUGGUCGUCAUCGACCAGACCGUGGCCUUCCUGGGCGGCAUCGACCUGGCGUACGGCCGCUGGGACGACUACCAGCACCGGCUCACCGACAUCGGCAGCGUGCAGCGCACCAAUGUGCCUGGGACGGACAGCCCCUCGCGCCAGCCGAAGGCCGAGGAGGCCAACGGGAAGAGCAACCCGGGCCUGACGGUGGAGCAGCAGCAGCCGCAGCAGGAGGAGGAGGAGGCUCCUCCGGACGUCGUCGAUUUCGCGGCCGCCCCGCAGGAGGCCAGCGCCUCCGGCCUACGCGAGUCCUCCACCGACGCGGAGAGGCCCGCGGGCGAGGUGGAGGCGGAGGCGGCCGCGAGGCCCGGCAUGGCCGGCUGGAAGCGGGCGAUGCAGGCGAUGAAAACGGCGUCGUCGGAGAGCGGGAGGGAGGAGCAGAGGUACCGUGCGACGCGGCGGCGCACGGACAGCGUGGACGAGGAGGACGCGGAUGCGGCGGGGACGGCGCGGCAGAACAGCAACGACGUCAUGGACGGCAUCGUGCACCGCUGGAGGAGCAUGCUGAAGCAGCGGUGGCUCGACAAGCCCAAGUAUCCCCUGCGCAUGCACAAGAUGCACAUCCGUGAGGACUACGGCUCGACAAAGAGGACGAGCGUGGAGUUGUUUGGCGAGGCGCGCUUCUGGCACGGCAAGGACUACUGCAACUUCGUGCUCAAGGACUGGGUGCAGCUGGAGAAGCCCUUCGAUGACUUCAUCGACCGCUACACGACGCCGCGCAUGCCGUGGCACGACAUCGGCGCCGUGGUGCACGGCCACGCGGCCCGGGACGUUGCGAGACACUUCAUCCAGCGGUGGAACUUCGCCAUGACGGUCAAGAAGAAGAAGUCCAUCGAGCACUUCCCCUUACUACUGCCCAAGUCGCUCUCCAUGGCCGACCGCAUUCCCUACGUCGUCACGGGCUGCGUCGCCGCCAACGUGCAGGUGCUGAGGUCGGCCUCCGAUUGGUCGGUGGGAAUCAAGAAGCACGAGGAGUCCAUUCACAAGGCGUACGUGGAGGCCAUCCGCGGGAGCCGCCACUACAUCUACAUCGAGAACCAGUUCUUCAUCAGCUGCACGGACAACCGCAUCGUGUGGAACGGCAUCGGAGACGCCAUCGUCGACAAAAUCCUGGAGGCUCACAGGGAUGGCCGGCGCUUCCGCGUCUACGUGGUGGUGCCGUUGCUGCCCGGCUUCGAGGGCGACAUCUCGACGGGAGGGGGCAGCGCCAUCCAGGCCGUGCUGCAUUUCAACUACAGGACGCUGUGCAGAGGAAAGUACUCCAUCAUCGAGCGGCUCAAGGUGGACAUGGGCAACUCGUGGAUGAACUACAUCUCGGUGUGCGGCCUGCGCACGCACGCCGAGCUGGCCGGGACGCUCGUCACGGAGCUCAUCUACGUGCACAGCAAGCUCAUGAUCGUGGACGACCGCACCGUCAUCAUCGGGUCGGCAAACAUCAACGAUCGCAGCAUGCUGGGCAAGCGCGACAGUGAGAUGGCAGUGAUGGUGGAGGACACGGAAUUCCAGGAGUCGGUCAUGGACGGGCAGCCCUACCAAGCCGGCCGCUUUGCCUACAACCUGCGCAACUGCUGCUUCCGGUUGGUGCUGGGCCUCUUGGACAGUCCCCACGUGGACAUCUCGGACCCCAUCAGCGACCACUUCUACAAGGAGGUUUGGAUGAGCACCGCCGCCAUCAACGCCACCGUCUACGAGAAGGUGUUCAUGUGCCUGCCGUCGGACUUCGUGCUGAGCCUGAAGGACCUGGAGAACUGGGGUCAGAACCCGCUCAUGCAGACCAACCCGGUGCAGGCCCGGGAGGAGCUGCAGAAGGUGCAGGGCUUCCUCGUCACCAUGCCCCUCGGCUUCCUGCAGGAGGAGAACCUUCUCCCGGCCUUCAACACGAAGGAGGGAAUGAUGCCCACUGACCUCUGGACAUGAGCGGGCCGUUUUCCCUCCCUCCCUUAUCAACAACAACAAAAAACGAGGGCAGAAAUUCUGAGACUUUCACAUUUUUAUUCCUUCGGUUUCCCAACGCUUCCAGCGUCUCGGCUGCUACCACCGUCUUCCACGCGGGCGUGCGGCGGCGACCGCCGACACGCCAGUCGACGCUCCGGACGUUCCAUCGGGAACGACGCGGCCGAUAUACGGGCGGCGUCCUUACCCUUUUUAUAAGCUUCUAACUGUAAACGGACGCGUCCGCAAAACCAACGGGAAAUCUUCCAGGGCUGUCGGUGGCGAGGUCUGAGCACAGUUGGUCCACCGCAGUUUGGCGAGGCUCUCCGGAGAAGUUUGGCCGCCGCCACCGCCAAAUCAUCUCGGAGGCCGCUGGAAGACACGGCCAUCUGUCUCUCCGCCUCCGGGACUCGCGAUCGUCCAUGCCGCUGUACUGUACUCAUGCUGUCCUUGCAGUGGGGGAGGGAGUUUCUACUUUGAAGAAAAAGAAGAAACGGAUGAUGAAAGCGAACCGUAAGAAAAUAAUAACGGGCAACGAUGUGCACCAACGACCGUAGCGGUGCAGCCUUGUUGGUUGGGGCUCGUCUCUCGGCAUCGCUCGAGGCUCGGACACUCGACGCUCAUCACGCUCCCCUCUCCACCCACCACGAGGGCGCCCAACGUCACCAAACCACGUCACCGGUCAACUCGCGCCGCCCCCCGAAACGUCCGCCGGCGGCUUUAGCGUACGACUGCGCCUGCCCCGGUGGCGGUCGCGAUGGGCCCUGCACGAUGUCGCUCGUGUGCCGAGUUUGACCGCGUGCCGAGCCCUGUCGUGCCGAGUCCGGGAGCACCGAGUCCGACCACGCGCGUUCCUCCAAGCCGCGCGACGGGCGACCGUGGAUUUUACCGGUGGCAUUUUCCCAAAUUUUGGAGAGAAAAAAAGUUGGGAUCGUCGCGGUUCGUUUCGCCCGCAGCGAUGAACUGGGAUGCGCCUGUCGCUCGUUUUUAUUUUUUAUCCGUUUUUCUUUAAUUUCCGUAACACGUGCUGACAUGUAACCGUAACGUGCACCUUAUCAUUGUUCGCUGUGAGCGCGCCGCAGUAGGAUGCAAUACUAGGAAAGUGCCUCUGGGGAACAGACCCCACCCCUCCCGUCACGUGCGUGUGAUGGGAAGGGCGGCUGACCUCUCGCGAAAACUAAAAACGCAAAAACGCCGCGCGUCCCAGGGUUUGAAUCGCGGCCAUUGAGCCACUGGUUGAAGGGCUCGUCCGAGCUCGCACACCGAGCCUACGUUUAACAGUCGUUUACAUUUUUUGUUACAACGAUUUAGUCUGUGGGUUUAUCGGCGAUGGUCCAACGUGCGUGCAAGCCGCCCCCCCCCCCCUCCUCACCCGCCACUCCGUUGGUGGCAUUUUUCCAAAUUUGGGAGAGAGAAAAAACGUUUGCUCCGUCGCGAUUCCUUUUGCCCAUCAGUAAUGAGCUGGGAUGGGCCUGUCGGAUCCGAACCGCCACCGCCAGCCACUUUUACCAAGUUCUGCCCUUGUCACACCACCUCCAUCCCCGACUUAAGUCAUCUAGAGGAGUGGUUCUCAACCGGGGGCAAGUUGGGAGGAGGAGUACCCCACGUGGCAAUGUCCUAGGGCGGGGAUGCUAAUUUAUAAAUGUGCGAAAUGGCACCGUACGUGAGAGUCGUUGGUGAAUAAUCACGUAUGAAAAUGCCAAUAUAAAAUAACGACGAUAACAUUUUAAUAACCUCGGAACGACAUGCGAGACCUUUGCAAACUCAUUGAUCGUAAACGAUGUGGUUGACCAAAAGUGACCGACAAGCGCGAAGAAAUCGCGUCAAGCGUGCAAGCGCAUCCGUUGGAAGAAAAAAAAUUUCUUCGCUUGCAAGUUUACUUAGCGAGUUAGGAUAGCUCACUAAAUGAACAAUUGAUUUAAAAAAAUGUUGAUGUUCGUUCUUCAUACAUUUAUAUUUCUCAGAUAACCACGUUGGGUCGGACAAGGGGUCGGAGGGAGGGGCUAUGAACUCGGUGUAAACAAAAUUCAGUUGCCAAAGAGGUUGAGAACCACUGCUCUAGAUCAAUUAGUUACACUUAAGACACAUUUGUGUAUUGUCACUUGACUAAGGCAGCAUGAGCUUGAAGAUUGACCUAUACACGUCGGAUGCAUUGAUCCACACUUGCCUAUUGAUGUACCGCGAGCAAUGUUUCAUUUUAGCAGCACGGUGGUGUACGUACACUCGCAAUGCGUACAAAUGCUUUCCGCGCAUUCCGCUUUGUACGCUCGCUCGAAUGUAUGAAAACUGUAACUCUAAUUUCGCCGAUGAGCGAAAUAAGAAUUACGAUACCUGGCUGUAUUCCUAAACUUACGAUAAAUCGUAUGGGUCGUCAUCGUCAGGACAACUCGCAUGUUGAACGUAACCGACAGUAACUGAGCGCAGCUAAUGACAUGUAAUAAUGGCAGUCGAUCGCAACACUAACAUCAUCGUUAAGAACGUCAACAUGCUUACCUCAGCCACAGACUGGCCUAAACGUACGGAUGGAUGAUGUCAUGGCGGCCAUGUUGCAUUGGAGUCUACAUGGCGGCCAUGUUGCAUGUGAGUCUACAUGGGGGCCAUGUUGCAUUGGAGUCUACAUGGCGGCCAUGUUGCAUGGGGGUUGUCUUCCUGGCAGGUGAUUGGCUGAUAUCGUGGCAGGGAUGAUGUCAUUCCUAGCAACAACUCUUACGAGAGUUACAAUCUCACUACGACUCCCGUGUUUACUUAAACUUGCCAUCCGUCUUUCCAUACGACAUUUGUAAUCAUUACCACAAUCGUGGCCCGCCAGACUUUGCGAGAGAUCUUAAACAGCAUUAUUGUGCACUCAAGCGCCUGAUUUGGAGCCGCCGUGAGAGCGAAUGGAUCGCGAGGCGAGUGGUGGCCAUGCCUGCUUUCAAAAGCUGUUGAGAUGAGUUGAUGACGUCUGCAACCGGGAGAGGAUGGCUCCUCACAGCUUGGUUACCGGUAUCUUAAGGAACAGAGAGGUAAGAGCGAUUUGCUGUAGCUCUAGUUUUGGGGUGGCAGGCUUUGCGCAGUGGGUAACGCUCGCAAGAAGAGCCCCCCUGCGUUCGAUUACCGACUCCGGCAGACAUAUGUUCUAUUUCCCCACCCCCACCCCUGUUCUGCAUAGGUUUCCCGCCGGCAUUGGCCAAAGCAGCAUUUCAGCGCGGAAAUAAUUCCUCGAUUGGGGGAAUCGCACACGACAAAACUCCCCCCUCCAGCCCCCCACUCCGCCUUCCCGCCCACCUGCUGCUGAAAACUUGGCAGGACCCUUGAGGCUCUGCGAGGCUUUCCUCGGUUAAACAAAAGAAAAAUUUGGCAUGGAGAUAUAAUUCCUAAUCAUAAGAGCACCGUUUGGUUUGUUGCCGUAACUAAACACUUUGUUUUUACAGACCACGUAAUGGUGAGCCAUCGCUAUCAGGAAGGUGGAAAAAUGCAACACUUGAAUGCCUAAAGCAGCAUCUCAGCGCUUGCCAUCACAUCACACAACUCAAUCAUUGGAAUGAAUGCCCAGCUGUGUUUAAUCUUGUUGUUUCGCUGGCUUCUAUUGCGGCACAAGGUGACACGAACAAAGUGCCCAUUUAUCUCGCCAGUAGGGGAUUGGCAUUGCUGUUCGUUGUUCAGAUAAAAGUAAUUCGCGAGCAAUACGGGAUCAUUUGGGCCGCGACACCCGAAGCGCGCGCGCCUUAACUCUCGCCUCGGCUCGACGUCACGCGAUCUCCAACGUUCCACUGUGACGUGGGCGCGGGGAUCCACGGUUAGUCGCCGCAUCGCGGUAUUAACCAGGAUGGGGCCGCCCGGGCGCUUGAACCAACAAACUUUCUCAAUAGAGUGGAGCCCCCGAGCCCCCGAGUCUCGCGCGAGGGGACCAGGUCGGCGCGGCACUCGGCGGAUCCCGGCUCACGUUAGGGGCUAUCCAUAAAUGACGUCACGGACCUAGGGAGGUGGGGGGGGGUCAGACAUUUUUGACGAUGUGUGACGAGGGGGGGGGUGGAGAAAUGAGACGUCAUGUCAAAAUGCGCAACUUUAAAAAAAUAUGGAAUUGUUAUAACAACACUCCUACAACAUCAGAGUGCAGCGUCACAUAAAUACGCACUACAAUGACAAUAGUUUAAAGCGAUUAGAAGCAUGUUUUAUGGUUUUGGUGGGGGGUGGGGGCAGAGCUUUGUGACGUCAUAUUUGAGGGGGGGUCUGACUUUUUGUGACGAAGGGGGGGGAGGUAAAAAAUCGUCCAAAAUUGCGUGACGUCAUUUAUGGACGGCCCCUUAGGCGGCGUCGGCGGCAAGCGCCGUGUUCACGCUCGUCCCCCCCGGCGUUCGUCCACCGCAGCCGUCGUCCUUCGGCAUACGACGCUCCGGGCGCUUCGCUCCGCGGGGUUUGGGGAGCGUCGUCGGGUGACCGGAAGUCGGGGCCAGAGUCGAACUGCCGGGUCGAGAUCGCUGCGAUUCGCCGGGGAUGUUGCGGCCUAAACGUCGGAGCCAAAUGAAAUGUGCCUACAGGCAGCGUGGGGGGGGGGGGCUGGGGGGGUGGGGGGGUUGCGGCGCGCUUCCAUACUUCUGAUCCGUGCUCAAACAAAAUUCCUCCCCAAGUGUCUAGUGCCUUCUCGUUAUCCACUAAGCAGCAGCAGCAGCAGCAGAACUCGUCCUGUGGUCAAAUAUGAGUGCCGGAGGGACACGUGGUCAGUUAGUCUGCCUUGCUUCCUCGACCAAACUACACAUUCCACCUCUCUUGACUGGCAAUCCUUCAUUUUGUUAUCCGCGGCAAACCCUGCCUCCCCCCCCCGCCCUCCCCGUCCACUAGUCCCGUGGCCUCCCCGCAGGCAGCGGAUCCUGACGGGGGCCCGUCCACGUAGAGACCCCAACGCAAACCGUAGCCAACGCCGGGACGAGUGGGAAAGUCCUGCGGGCGUGGAGUGGUGCGGCAUCGUCUCUCCGGUUCACUGACGUGAUGACGUCACAAUGCCACAAUCACGUCACGGGGCCGUAGCAGGUUGGCGCGCCGCCACGCUACGAACCCGGCGGCCCGGAUUCGAUUCUCGCUCACGGCUACCAACACCAGUGACGAUUAUUUGAACCGGUCCUGGGGCCCUCCGCUAGGUCGACUCGGCCUCGAAUGAGGACCUGGUGUGGUGUGUAAACAUCGUCACUAAGGGAGACAAAGGCGGCCGGGCGUGGUGCUGGCCACCCCCCCCCCCCCCUCGUGUGCCAUUCCAGCCUUCGUUAACAGCACUCGCACUGACAGCGGAGGAGCAUUGGCGCUCCUCGGCAUGUUCUCGGAUAAAGCAUGGCCAGAAAUUAAACAAAGCAUGGGCAAAAAGCACGCGUGUUCGGGCCUCGCGCCACAAGGCCCACGUUCCUUGCUGGGAUUUAUUAAAAGUCCAAAAAUGUCACCGCUACUCGUAGCGUCCAAUAAGGGGAUGCAAACAACGGACCAAUCCGGAUUGUAACUUUCGUACAUUUUUUUUGUCCUCAAUUCUUGUCUGUGCUCAAGCGAACACGCAAACUCUAACGAGGAUGGCGAUACGGAACCCGCGGCCCCAACGAAGGCACUAACGCUGUAAAUGGCGGCCGUGACGUCACAAUGCUUCCGACCGCGGCGACGUGACGCGUGGAGUGAAAUUUAAUGCUCCCCGCUGUGGCCAAUCGGUUCCCGUGUUGGGUGAUCGUCAUCCGCAAUUAACCCCCCCCCCCCCUCUUCCGCGUCGUGUCACGUGGGAGGGGGGAGCCCAGCACCCCCCCCCCCCACACCCGCUCGCUGUGAGUCGUUACGAUAAUUAAAAAAAUCGUCGAGUAAUUUAGACGCUAACCUUACCCUUACCGCGUGCGCUGUACGGUCCGAGACCGUUGCGUUAAUGUUGGCGCGGCUUCCGAACAUUCAACAAACCCCGUUUAUUAUUUUGUAGUCAUCCCCUCUGAGCAUGAACGUUGCUCCGAUCGCGUCCGAUUGCCUUUUUUUUGUGCGCGCGUACAAAUUUUUCCACGGCGGCGAAGAAGAUGAAGACGUCGUUUUGGACGCUGGUGAGAUGGUGGUGGUGGGGUGGGGGGAGUCGUCACCUCUCGAUCACGUUCAGCUGGACCGUGUCCGUGUUUUUCACGUGAACAUCUUCAACACGAAAGUCUUUCCCUGACAAGGGACUCUGCUGGGCCACUUCGCUAAAGAUCAAAUGUACGCGUAACUUUUUUUUUUUACCAAGUGCAUUCUGAUGACGAUGUUGUUAUUCUUGCUCUAAUUAGUUCUGGCGUUAAUGUAGUCGGUCAUGAUUUUAUUUACAUCAAAAGGUAAGAUUUAUCUUAAAACAAAACUGCAGAGACUUAAGUUCAUAACUCUAGACUUAUAUUUCGUUUAACUUUCACCGUUGUAGGGUUUUUUUUUAUUUUUUUGCAGUGUGCACUGCAACGGCUCUCCGACGCGUCUGCCGUGCCCGGCACGAUGUCCGACGUUUCCCCCCCCCCCCUUCCACCCCACCCCUCCACGUGCCGGGGAGCAGCCCACCUCAGGAACUUAAAUCCGGGUUCCUGGAGUGAAGCUCUGGCGCGAAACGUCGGCGGACGCCUCUAGACGUCUCUAGACUUCUUUAAAGCCGGAGGAACCCAGUUUGAGCUGCGCGCGAUUGGCCCGACCGUCGGAGCCGUGAUUUGUCGAUUGGUGGAGGGGGGCACGUGGGGGGGGGGGGCACUUCGAGUUACGCCGAGCAACGCAAGCGCUACGACCAGAAGGACACACGGGGGAAAGCCGCUGAUGUGUUUGUUUUAAUUUACUCGUUCUAACCUCCUGUGUGUUAUUUUUUUUAACACAUUUUUACGAGCUUCCAUAUUUCCAAGUGCAUUGUUUUUUUUUUAUAAAGGUGGCAUUUCAA